UGAAUAAUGAUGAUGUACUUAACUUGACUGACCUAUUAGAAGUAAUCCAAAAGUGAGAUUAUUCUGUUUUUCUAUCGUGAAUAUUACAUUCAUUGGAAAUAUGCAUCUUCUAACUCAAAUAUUCAUGAUUAUAUGAUACUGAACCAUGGAUGCAUAUAUAAGCAAAAAAUUACUACCUAUCAUAAUUAUGCAAUAUUUUUUUGAAUAUUUGUCCUUUGAAACAUGGAUACUAUUAGGCUCUUUGAUCCUGUUGGCAAGAUAUUAUAUUCAACUAAAAUGGAGUAUGUUGAACAGCCUGCAUAUUCCACAUGACCCACCUUCUAUUUGGAACUUCGGGCAUUUGAAGCAAGCAGUUAUGAACAGAAUUUCCAAUUAUGACUCUGAUCAAAAAGAAAAACACGGUCCAAUUUGGGGUUAUUAUGUUUUCUUUCGGCCUAGGAUAGUCUGCCAUGACUUGGAAAUACUUCAGCAAAUAUUUAUUAAAGAAUUUUCAACUUUUCCUAAUAGAUUGGGUGGAUUUGCGGGUUUAAAUGGAGAGGAAAUGGCGAAUGGUUUACUCGAAGCUGCGGACAGCCAGUGGAAGCGUAUGCGUAAAACAAUGACUCCAACAUUUUCUACUUCCCGGCUGAGACAAAUGUUUAAUAUCAUUGACUGGUGUACGAAUAAUACUCUUGCUGUAUUUAAAAAUACGGUUGACAGGAAAAAUGGAGUGUUUACAGCCAAAGAUGUUUUCUCAAGAUUGUCCCUUGAUGUCAUAUGCUCAUCUGCUUUUAGUACUGAUGUUAAUUCACAAGAUGAUUCUAAAGAUGAGCCUCAAAUCUCUGUCAAUGCUAAAAAUCUUUUUAAGAAUAGUCGUUUUGAUCCAACAUUUCUUAUUAGCAUUAUGUUUCCAUCACUUGGAGGUAAACUUUUUAAAUUUAGUAAGAGAAGUCCUCUGUUUCGUUAUUUUAAUGAUGUAUGCAAGAAAAUAAUACAGCAGAGAAAUGCUGAAGAUUCUCUUUCAAAUCGGAUUGACUUAUUACAACUUAUGUUGAAUUCUAAAGUCCCUGCUUCUGAGUUGGACAAAGAUUCCAAGAAAGGAAUGUCAGAAAUAGAGAUAAUUGGAAAUUCGAUCGUUAUGAUUUUAGCUGGAUAUGAAACCACCAGUACUGUCAUGUCAUUUCUUGCUUAUAAUUUGGCUCAAUAUCCUGAAGUUCAACACAAACUUCAAGCUGAAAUAGAUGAAAUGUAUGAAACGAAAGAUUCGCUAGACUUUGACACUGUGAAUUCACUUCAAUAUCUUGAUAUGUGCAUUAAUGAAAGUAUACGCCUCUACACACCAGUUCCCAGAACAGUUCGUAAGAGUAAUAAAGACAUUACUCUUAGUGGUUUAACAAUACCUAAAGACAUGUUGAUUGUAAUACCAAUUGCUUCACUUUGCCACGAUCCUGAGUAUUGGAACGAACCCAUGGAAUUUCAACCAGAAAGAAUGAGAAAUGUAAAUGAAAUGCAUCCUAUGGUAUUUCAGCCAUUUGGAAGUGGACCAAGAAAUUGUAUUGGUAUGCGGUUCGCAUUAAUGGAGGUAAAAGUUGCAUUCUGUAAACUCCUGCAUGAAUUUAGUUUUAAGCCAACUUUAGAUACCCCUGUACCUCCACUGCAAAUAAUAGUUAAUGCGUCUACCAUUCGGCCAAAGGUAAACUUUAAUCUUCAAAUUGUACCAAGGAUGAAUCAGGUAGAUAGAUAGUUUUAUUGGAGUUCACUUCAAAUUUCUUGAACUUUUCUUAUAUAUGGAAUACAUCUCGAACAAGUAUUAUAUUAUAUAUACACAAUUAAAUUUCUAAAUAUAUUACAUCUCCACUUCAUAUCAAUUAACACAUACGGUAUAUUUUUUAAAGGCAUAACUCGGGUUUAAAUAUUUCAGAUUCAAUGGUACUUGAUAUACCAGUAUUUUAAACUCAGGGGAAUAUUUAAUAAUUCAAAUGGUAUUUUUCUACUAUAUCAAAAUUAUAUAUAUUGGUAUGAACCCUCUUCCAAAGUCAUUGACUGUGGCGCUAGCUGAAUAAAUUUGUAUAAUUACUCCCCUACAUCAUCUAUCUGUAUUGAUAUGUAUCAGUACUUGAUUUAUAAUAUUAUAUAAAGAUAUACCUUUUCAUAACCAUGUAGAUUUUUAUUAGUAGAAUCAUAUUUUUAGAUUACUGCCACAAGAUUAUCAGUUUCAUAAAUGUUAUUUAUUAUUAUUUCAUUUGCUGUAAAUAUUGCAUUAC